UAAUCUUUUACGGCUGAAAAAUUAUUUAUACAAAAUUGAAAAGUUUUCAAAAAUCAAAAAAAUUUAUUUUCAAUCACCUACGACUCAUCAACAUAACGUCCGAUUUUUUUUUAUUUUCAAACUUGAUUUGUAAAAAAGUCUGAAAUUUUAUAAAGAUCGGUUAAGAACUAUAAGCGCAAGCUUGCUGACAUGGCGCGUUACAUCAUAUACUUUUGAGCCAAUGUUAUUUUUCAAACUAACGUGACAAAAUAAAGCAUUAUAGCAAUAUUUUUUUUAGAUUGCGAUAUUAAAUCGGGUACUAUGACUAGAUUUCUGAAAAAAUCUAUAAAUCUACCUAAAAAAAUAUUUUCUUGUUCAACGUUUCUUUCACAGGACCUGAAAUUUCAUUUUUUGAGGGGAUGCACAAUGUUCAAUGUCGUCCAUCUUGAUUUUUUUUUUCAACGUAAUAAUUUUCAAGAACUAAAAAUUUUGAUUGGCCAAAAAUUACCAAUCACAAAGAAAUUUCCCUUACUAUUUUACUAAUUUCCCUUUCCUUUCAAUUUUUGUGGCAGUUUUGACCAAUAAAAUUCUAGUAUCAGGUACCUGAACUUCAUAAUUUGCCAAAAGAAUAUUCUAGAGUCACUCAUUAGCAAUUAGGCUUCGCUUCCUUCCGUAUUUUCAGGUAUAAAUAAGGGUGCAAUAUCAGUUUUAAAUCAGAUUCAUAGCAAAUUUUGAGCUAUUAAGAUACUUGCUUUAACAGAAAUUCACCUUUGAAAUUAAAACUAUUUCGUUAACAAAAUGCGUGACUCAAUUAAGAUGUCCGUUGGAGAAGUUGAGGUGAUGACAGAUCCGGAGACUUUCUGGAUCUUUACAGCUGAAAUCAAAACUUCGCUAAUGCUAAACUUUGGAUCGAAGUUUCCAAUUCUUGAAGAGAUGCUGAGCAAGUUGGAAACAGAGCCCGACGUAGAAAUUCUACGAAGAAUCGCAAAAAACGCCUUGUCGCCGGAAUUAGUCAACUCUGCAAAUUCUGGAAUCAAUUUACUGUUCCAAUCUAUUGGACAACCACCAGAGAUAACAAAGAAAUUAAGGCAGAAAUUCAAUCGGUUGAUCAAGGGCAGGCUGUUCAUUGAUUUAAUUAACGAUGUGGCUCUAAAAACUGAAACAGAGGUUGAAAUGUUAAGUUCGAAGCCUGGCACUAAUUCGGCCGAAGAGUGUAUUUUUCAUUGAUAUUUUUUUAUGUUAAUGUAAUAAUGAAUG